UGGAUUCUGGUUCGGAUCCAAUAAAAGCGUUCCACUACCCAACAGCAGUCGCGACGGCUGAGCCAGAGCGCACGACAGCCGACGAAGAUUCCACCAUCAAGAUAUAUCUUGUCAUCCGCUCAAAUCUCACCCAUUUUGCUGGUAUUGGAGUCGGCAGCAAAUCCUUCUUCAAAUCAUGCAGAACUCUCUCUCGAUCUCGUUUCACGCCCCUCACACUCUCCUCCUCCUCGUUUUGCUUCCAUGGGUGCGCGGGGCGGUCGGACAGGAAGGCUUCUGCUCCGUCCCUCCUUCCGUCGUCGCCGAGUCGAGCUCGAAGCCUCUGUACUGGAAAGUCACAAACCCCACCCUCUCUCCGGCCAACCUCCAAGAUUUACCUGGCUUUACACGAAGUGUUUACAGAUGGGACCAUGCUCUUAUAACACCAGAAAGCCAUGUAUUCAGCCCUCUGCCAGAUUGGGUUAACACAUUGGGGGCAUACUUGAUCACUCCAGCAAUGGGGGCACAUUUUUCUAUGUAUUUGGCAAAGAUGCAAGAAAAUUCCAGAUCAGGACUACCCCCAAAAGAUGUUGAAAGGUUUGUCUUUGUGGUUGAUGGUGGUGUCACAUUUUCAAAUGGUUCGAUAAUUGAUCAUAAGUUGCCUGUCGAUUCAUAUGCCUAUCUGCCUCCGAAUGUAGAACAUCUGUUAAAGUGUGACACAACAGCUACAAUUCUUAUUUUCGAGCGUAGGUAUAUGAGCCUAGAAAACCAUUGUCCUGAACAAAUUAUUGGUUCAACUGAGAAGCAACCACUUCUUGAAACUCCAGGGGAGGUGUUUGAACUAAGGAAACUGCUGCCAACUUCUGCCCCUUAUGAUUUCAAUAUUCACAUUAUGGAUUUCCAACCUGGAGAAUAUCUUAAUGUCAAGGAAGUUCACUACAAUCAGCACGGUUUGCUACUACUAGAGGGACAAGGAAUAUAUCGCCUGGGUGACAGCUGGUACCCGGUUCAAGCAGGCGACGUCAUUUGGAUGGCACCGUUUGUACCUCAGUGGUAUGCAGCACUCGGAAAGACCCCGUCGAGAUACCUGCUCUACAAGGAUGUCAACAGGAAUCCGCUGUAGAACUAAUUGAUACAUGCAAAUGCUGAAUAGCCCAGUUUUUGAACCAAAUUCCUGUGUUUGUAACAGCCAACUAUGAUCUGAACCGUGUUGUGCAAAUAUAGGAAAUGGAACAUUUUCUGGCUUGUCAUUCCACAAGUUUAGAGGAGGCUUUUGUGCUUUUUGCUUUUCUAUUCCCAUGGAUGAGAUGACACUCCAUUUUUAAAUCAAUUGAAAGUUCAGCAGUGACA